AUGGAGCGCGCCAAGCUCAUCCGAGACCACAACUUCAUUGCCGCUAUCAGGGACGCGUAUUUUGCUUUCGAAGGCUUAACGCAGCACCCCUUUGAUUUUGUGAGCUACCUCUACGGCCACUGCCCAGAGCUCAUGAGCAUCGACGGUUGCGCGAAAGUAAUUUCGGAUGACGCUACUUUGGCGCAUUUCGACCAAGCUCGACAGGAGAGACUAGUGGACAUCGACCUUGGCCAUCAGCUCCUGAAGAUGUCUAUGAUAUCCAAGAUGGAAGAUUUCAUCGGCUGCUUCCAACAGCUUUGGAGGUUUGCGCUUGGACCGGAUGAAGCGGACCGUUGCUCCAAGGUGUUCAUCGUCCGGCCAUCGGGAAAGACGGCUGGAGUAGAAGGGCUGUUCACCCCUGACGGAGUAGUGAAUUCGCAUCUGCUCCAGGUUGUGGACCUGGAGCCGUUGUGGACACCAUGCGGCACCUGGCGAGCUAUCGCAACACCGUCCGUGUUGGUAACGGAUAUCCCCUGCAUGGUUGCACCUAACGCCGAGAAAAAUGUCCCCGGUCUACUACAAAAUGGCGGUGCUCUGCCGCGCAAUGCCAAAGGCCAAGUCUCCUUGCCCGGACUGCAGCACAUCGGAGCCCGUGGGUACGACUAUCCGGAUCGGCACGAGGUUAGGGUGCCACCGACGGGGUGUGCAUUUGUAUCUGCAUCUGCAUCAUCAACGGCGCCGCCAGUCGACCAACUCCGAUACAACGUGUACGACGCCUUCGCCACCGCGCUGUCCGGGCCCGUUCAACCGCACAUCGACUUCUCCGCCCUACUAAAACAUGCUGGUGAUGUUGUCGAGAGGAACCGUCAAGUCCAAGGAACUGACGACUGGUCAUCUUCACCCAAGCGCAUCAGCGAGCUUGCAGAGACCUCGCUCAGGUAUUUGCACCAGCAAGGGUGCUAUGCGUUGAACCUCUUCGAGGUCGUCCUUGCCUACGCGUUGUGGUUUCAGGAAGCGUCUGUAGCAGACCCGCAUGUCCACCUGCUGCAAGGGGGGAGGGAGUCCGGGGGAGACCCACCAGAGAGUGCGAUCACCGAUUUGUCGAGGGCUGAGCUCGGCAUGAUCGCCGCACAUCUCAUGGAGAUUCUGAGGGUAGCGGCAGGAUCACCUCCACCCGCUCGUGGCUUGGCCGACGUGGAGGUUCCUUCGUUUGUCCUCGAGAAAUACUUCCUGUACUCCCAUGCCGAAACUCUGCGGCCAUUGGAGGACGUCAUCGACAACUACCACAACACCAAGGUCUCCUACAUCACUCAUCUCCUGGGCGCCAAGGACGACAUACGUCGCGAACGCGCAUCUCGUUUCAUCCGAGCAGGAGUCGGUUUCGGAGAGGCAGAACACUCCGUGAAAGCACUGCAGAUGGCGCUUUCUAGCGACUCUCUGGGCGGUGGGUUGGAUGAUCAUGGCAGGCUGCCUGGCUACGGCAUUUCCUUCCACUUCCAACGGUUCCGAUCGUUUGGAGACUAUGGCCACUUCUACGAUGGCAAGAGAGUUGGCCUUUGGCUAGCGCCGGACGGACCGCACGAAGGAAAUCACCAAGGGAAGUGCCAAGAGAAGUUUGGCGGCUUGGCCCGGUGCCCGCAGCUCACCGGGGUAAACUGCAACGCUCAUGAACAAAACCACUCAAAGAACAAGAAGCACCUACCCAGCGUCAACGGCAUGGGGUUCGACACGUUCAACUUCAACGUCAACCUGAUAAACGAGUCGGAACACAGGGGCAUCAACCGCAAGACAUGCGAUCUGGCCGUAUCAAGUGCCACCCAACAGGCAUAUCAAGUGCCUGUCAGACAGAAGUGUGGGUAUGCGGACGCUGCUUCUGCAGCUCCCCUCUUAUGAGAUCUUUCGACAAGUUGGGAGAAUUGCGCAUCACGCGCGUGUCGUAGACGAUAGGCUUAGCGCGCAUUUGAGGGAAGCAGCUUUCAAAUGGAUUCGUCGUAGACUAGUUCUCCUGAAAACAUCAGUUAGAAAAUGCAAGCGCCAAUCGCUCGUACAUGGCUUUCCAUAUGCGUUUUUUUUUUCGUUUGGUCUGGUUACAGUACAGCUUGUAGAUUCCAGAGCCCUUGGGGCAAAGGGUGGGGUUAUGGAAAGAGAGCGGAAGGUAUCUUCUGAUGGAUGCGGGUUACAUUCGGCUUGUUUUCAGCCUUUGUAAAGGUGCCGACGGCUUGAGUACGAUUUAGGCUUUCCUUGCGUGUUGCCCUUCUACAUGCGCCCUUCUUGUAGUCUACAUUGCUGGCGUCGUCUACACUCCCAAACUUGAACGGAAGAAUUCGCCAACAAAGGCACAGCACACCGAAACGCUACCCACCACUUAAUUUCUGGUGGCAAUCUUCUAUUUCCGAUCCUAAUCCACAGGAGGGAGGGGAACCGGGUCAGACGAGUUUGGGAUCGAGCGAAAAGCGUUUGUUGCAAGCCCCUGUUGGCCCUGGGUCUCUUCAGCAGCGGUCAAAG